AUGAUUGCUCGGUUAUGCUGUUCGCUCAUGUCUCCACAUGCAAACGACCUUUGUUAUCCGGUGGGUUUGCCUACCGAAACGCUGCUCGUCGGGAGUGUAGAGGGAUUGAUCUUGGUUUAUAAAACAGACAUCGAGUUAGGUAAGCUUGUGCCUUUGGACAACAUCAACAACUAUGCCAUCUUUAUGGGUCAUCAAAGGUGCCUGGCUGUCGAUGCUGAUAAGUUCCCAGGCAUUGAGGCAAACUGCAUCUACUUCACUGAACAAUUGGGUUCGUCCGCUCAUAUCUUCAAGUGCAACAACAAGGACAGGAAAGUAGAGAGGAUCUUUGAAGCUGCCGAUUUCGUGAAGCAGGACAAGAAAUUUGUCCUCGUUGCUGACCGUCCUUUGACGAUCAUCCACCUACUCUCCAGCUACACCAUCAACAUCCUGGACUCUCAGCUGGCCUUGCAACAGAUCCCAUAA